UGUGUGAUCGCUUCCUGCUGCCGCUCGGCGUCCGCACGCCGUCCUCUCGUCGCGUCGCGUCAGUGUUGAUCAGCUCGUCAUGGCGGAAGGACGCAGAGAGCCGCCGCCGCCUCUCCUCGCGCUGCCGCCCGCCAGCAAGCGCCCCUGCCUGCGUCCCGCUCCGAGGGGGCCCGGCCCGGGGCCCGGCCACGGCAGCGGCUCGCACGGUUCUCGGUGUCGCUCCCCGGAGUCUCUUCUGGACUGUGCCGCGAAGGCAGUAGCGGAGAAGUGGGCCUUCGAGCGAGUGGAGGAGCGCUUCGAGCGGAUCCCGGAGCCCGUCCAGCGCCGCAUCGUCUACUGGUCUUUCCCCCGCAACGAGAAGGAGAUAUGCAUGUACUCGUCGUUCCAGUGCCGGGUCGCCGGCGAGGAGGGUCCGUCGGCGGCCACCGGCGGCGCCGGGGGGACGGGGUCCGGAGCUGCCGCCGCGAGCGGCGGCGGAGGAGCUGGCGCCGGUGCGGCGACCGCCGCGGGGGCAGCCGGAGCGCCGGCAGCGGGCGACGGGCUGCCGUUCCGCCGCGGCAUCCGGCUGCUGGAGAGCGGCUGCGUGGAGAACGUCUUACAAGUCGGGUUUCACCUCAGUGGCACCGUAACCGAACCUGCCACAUCCUCAGAGUCCGAGGUCACCCACAAGGUGGCCAUCAGCUUUGACCGCUGCAAGAUAACCUCCGUCACCUGUGGCUGUGGCAACAAAGAUAUUUUCUACUGCGCGCAUGUUGUAGCGCUCUCUCUUUACCGGAUACGUAAGCCGGAACAGGUGAAACUACGGUUGCCCAUCUCAGAGACUUUGUUCCAGAUGAACAGAGACCAGUUGCAGAAGCUGGUUCAGUACUUGAUAACAGCCCACCACACUGAGGUGCUGCCCACGGCUCAGAAACUGGCCGACGAGAUCCUCUCCUCCAAUUCAGAGAUCAACCAGGUCCAUGGUGCUCCCGACCCAACUGCAGGCGCCAGUAUUGAUGAUGACAACUGCUGGCAUCUGGACGAGGAUCAAGUCAGAGAGCAAGUCAAGCAGUUUCUUUCACAGGGAGGAUACUACGGCUCUGGGAAGCAGCUCAACUCCAUGUUUGCUAAGGUGCGGGAGAUGCUACGAAUGCGAGACUCCAAUGGCGCACGAAUGCUAACACUGAUAACGGAGCAGUUUAUGGCAGACCCUCGUCUGUUGCUAUGGAGACAACAAGGCACGGGCAUGACAGACAAGUGUCGGCAGCUGUGGGAUGAGCUGGGUGCAUUGUGGGUGUGCGUGGUGCUAAACCCCCACUGUAAGAGCGAGGAGAAGACCAGCUGGCUCAAGCAGCUAAAGAAGUGGGGGGACAUGGACGUCUGUCCACUGGAGGACGGCAACUAUGGCAGCGAGCUCCCAAACAUCACCAACGCGCUGCCACAGAGCAACCUCGCACAGGACUCACUGUCCAGGCCAAGGAGGACGGUGUUCAGCCGGGCCAUUGAGGCUUGUGACCUCCACUGGCAGGACAGCCACCUCCAGAGAAUAAUCAGCAGCGACUUCUACAUGUCUCCAUCCUACCAGAGGGAGGGGGACAGCCUGAUGUUUAACCCACAGGGCCUGCCACUCUGGCUAGACCACGUCCCGACAGCGUGCGCGCGCGUCGAUGCCCUGCGUUCCCACGGUUACUCCAGGGAAGCCCUGCGAUUGGCUGUUGCCAUCAUCAACACACUCCGGCUCCAGCAGCAGAGACAGAUGGACAUCUACAAGCACCAAAAGAAAGAGCUUCUCCAGAGGGGUGUGACCUCCACCACAAACCUGGAAGGGUGGGUGGGUCAUCCCUUAGACCCAAUUGGUUGCCUUUUCACCACUCUUACUGAAACCUGCCGCGUUGAUGAUGACAACACUAUGGACACUGGAGGUGACACCAGGCCGCCCGUCUACCAUCAUGUACCAGUUUGGGGCAGUUCUGAUGGAGGGGAGUCCUACCUUACGCUGGCUUUAGAGGUGGCUCUGAUGGGUAUGGGCCAGCAGAGGAUAAUGCCAGAGGGGCUCUAUGCUCAGGAUAAGGUGUGUCGUAAUGAGGAGCAGAUUGUAGCGAAACUUCAAGAACUGGAACCUGAUGAUCUCUUGGUUCAGACUCUUCGGAAACAGGCCAUUCAGCUACUAGAAGCCGGCCCAUUCAGCGGCCUGGGUGAGGUCAUCCAUCGGGAGAGCGUCCCCAUGCACACUUUUGCCAAGUACCUCUUUUCUGCCCUGCUGCUACAUGAUGCGGACCUGGCUUAUAAGGUUGCCCUUCGUGCCAUGAGGCUGCCAGUCCUGGAGUCGUCCGCCGGCUCCGGGGAUGUGGGCCACCCUCAUCACGGCAUCUCCAUAGUUCCGAGCAGAUACCCGCGCUGGUUCACACUGGGACACCUGGAGUCCCAGCAGUGUGAGCUGGCCUCCACCAUGCUGACUGCUGCUAAAGGUGACAUGUUGCGGUUGCGGACCGUGCUGGACGCCAUCCAGAAAAACAUCCACUCCUCUUCAUUAAUCUUCAAACUAGCCCAGGAUGCCUUCAAGAUAGCAACACCUGCAGACAGCCCGCCUGAUAUAACCCUGCUUAAUGUAGCACUGGAGCUUGGACUGCAGGUGAUGAGGAUGACUCUGUCCACGUUGAAUUGGAGGAGGAGAGAGAUGGUUCGCUGGCUGGUAACAUGCGCGACUGAAGUCGGCAUGCGGGCGCUGGUCAGCAUCCUGCAGGGCUGGUACACGCUCUUCACGCCCACUGAGGCCACCAGCAUCGUAGCAGCCACCGUCAUGUCCCACAACACCAUCCUGCGCCUCAGCCUGGACUACCCUCAGCGCGAGGAGCUGGCCAGCUGCGCUCGGACCCUGGCGCUGCAGUGCGCCAUGAAGGACCCGCAGAACUGCGCGCUGUCCGCGCUCACGCUCUGCGAGAAGGACCACAUCGCCUUCGAGACGGCCUACCAGAUUGUGAUCGACGCCGCGUCCACGGGGAUGACGUACUCGCAGCUGUUCACCAUCGCCAGGUAUAUGGAGCACCGGGGGUACCCGCUGCGCUCCUUCAAGCUGGCCUCCCUGGCCAUGACGCACCUCAACCUGGCGUACAACCAGGACACGCACCCGGCCAUCAACGACGUGCUCUGGGCCUGCGCGCUCAGCCACUCGCUGGGGAAGAACGAGCUGGCGGCCAUCAUUCCCCUGGUGGUGAAGAGCGUGCACUGCGCCACAGUGCUGUCCGACAUCCUGCGGCGCUGCACGCUGACGGCGCCGGGCCUCGCCGGCAUUCCGGGCAGGAGGAACUCUGGGAAGCUGAUGUCCACGGACAAGGCGCCGCUGCGGCAGCUGCUGGACGCCGCCAUCUCCGCGUACAUCAACACCACACACUCUCGACUGACGCACAUCAGUCCCAGGCACUAUGGGGAGUUUAUUGAGUUCCUGAGCAAAGCACGGGACACUUUCCUCUCAGCACAGGACGGCCCCAUCCAGUUUGCCCAGUUCAUAGACAACCUGAAACAGAUCUACAAGGGCAAAAAGAAACUGAUGAUGCUGGUGAGGGAGCGCUUUGGCUGACUCUGCUCCUCCUCACACGGACCCUCCCAUUGGGAAGUAGUUAAACCUGUUGGUUUCUAUUUAAGAUUUUUCACUUAUUUUCUCUUAUAUUUUUACUUCUUAUGUUGAGCCAUUUGUUGAUUUAACUUCAGUUUUGUUUUAUGGAAUGUGAACCAGGAAGUGUUUGCAGUACAUUGUUCUACUUCAUUUAAGACUGCAAAAGGGAAACGGCUUGAGAUACACAGAGGCAUCUCCCCUCAAGCUCAUCUUCAGCCUGAUAUGAAGCUGUCAAAGGGUCGUGGUGACUGAGACCUUUGUUUUUCCAGUGGCACAUGAUGACGUUAAUACCAAAUGAUGAGUGGGAUGUGGUGUGUACUCUGAGCCAGGCCAUCAACACAACCACUGAGGUCAAUAACUCAGCUGUAUUAGGGGUCAGCUUUAACUGUUGUAUCAGACCGUGACCUUGGUUCAUUCAGCGCGUCUCGGCCCGCAGAGGGCAGAAUACAGAAUAAACAUGGUCUGUCUUUAGAAGUCGGUACCAACUGGUCAGCGCUUCUCAUUCAGAACGCAUUGGGAAGCUGGACCUUGUUCCGUAAAGAGUGCAUGUUCUUGGAUCCAGCAGUCUGAAAGCCACAGUCCUCAGGCUGUUGUAGCUGCAGCAGGGUAGUAGAUGCUCCAUGUACCUGUGUAUACAGUGUAUCUCCUAUAUCCUAUAAACGUAUUGACAGUGACAACAUAAAACUGUGAUGAGAGCAGAGAUGCCGCUGCACUGCUGUACAGCUAUUUGUGGCCAAAUCCUUUUAAAUCUGAGUCCAGUAGUUGUGUUUCAAAUGGUCAAGCAGGAUUUAGUAAAUAAGCAAUAUGAAUCAGUUCUACUGCAUUUUUGCUUUGGGACUUUUGCUGAUUGCUGCCUGCAGCUAAAGUCCCAUUUCUAUCUCAAACCUUUCUGGGCAUUCACUUUCAUUGAUUCCUAUUAUUAUUAUUAUUAUUAUUAUUAUUAUUAUUAUUAUUAUUAUUAAGAACUCAAAUCAUUAACGUAUGCAAGGGCAGAAGCGCAGAUCUACUUUUGGUUCUUUUCUAUAUUCCUCGUCCUAUUAAAGCCAUUAAUAGACAGUACUGUUUCCCAAAAUCUAAUUAAACAAAAAAAAAAAAAAAAAAAAUUAUCCACUCCUGUCGUGUCAAAAAAGGUCAUUGUGCACUAAACCGCUGGAUAAUAGUGGACCAGAAUAUGUAUUAAAAUCAGAUGACUACAAAGGGUUUUUGUUCAGAGAACAAGACGUGACUUCAGUAAAAAGACGAAAAAAAUAUUUGAUUUGCAUUUGUGACACAACCAGAAAAAAUGAGUCCAUAAAAAUGUUUUUAUUUUACUUGAUGGAUAAAUUGGCUUAUUAACAGUUUGUCUAGAUGUGAACUAAAGUAUCUUUAUGCAAAUUGGUCUUUAUAUUUUUCUGGAUAAGUACAAAAACUUGAGAAUUGUAACUGUUGGAACAAAAACCAACCAAACAAAUGGUGAUUGCACUUCUUCGCGUCAUGGCUGAAAAUGAACACGCUCAACGACCUCGUGGCUUCAAAUCUCCCAUGUUUCUGAACUGUUAUUUUUGACGGGAUUCUGUUAACUCGAGCUUCACACCAGUUAAUGCUAGUCUUUUUUUUUUUUUUUUAGAUUGUGAACACAUUAGGCAAUGUUUUUCACGAAGGGUGGCGAAAAUGCAGUGCACUUAAUCGUCCACGUUUGGGACCACACACCUCAGCACGGACGGGGUUGUAUCUUUGUGCGAUGUGCAGGUCCUGGUUCUUACCCAGUGUGUUGUUAAAGCAGUAACACAGUGCAACGACAGCUUGAAUCUCCACUGUUCCGACUAAUCAUCGUCGUACAAGCACUUCACACAAAUACCUCUUCAUUGCAUUUCUGUCUGCUUCAGCAUUUAUUUAUUGAUUGUUUAGUGUCGUUCUAUGACUGAGUAGGAACGCAGACACACAAACACAACAGGUCUAUAUUUGAAACAACACACACACACAGAGCAGACGGGGCUUCAUUGUGUGGAGGAAGGUUUUUUCUUUGUUUGUCUGCUUUUACAUUCCAUGAGAGCUGCCUGCACCCACUGCCUGGGUGUCGGUCACAGCUCUGGGCCUUUUUAUUGUUCUUGAUCUGAAGAAACAGAAGAAUGACAAAAGGAAAACUGAGCAAACGUAAGAGAAGAGGCUAAACUCAGUUCUCAGGGACAUCACUUAAAGAGACAAAACAAAAGUAGAAGCAUUAAGCAUUUAAGAUAUUGUAAAUAUUAAAGUGUCCAUUCAAAAAUUGUAAAGUUAUAAUUAUUUAUGAUGACUGUUUUCCUUUCUUUAUUUUCUGCUUUGUCUGUGGGCAGGGUGUUCUUGAACUGUUUUAGACCGGAGGUAGUUUUUGUGAGAGAAAAAGACUUCAAGGCAUUUCUCAGGUGCUCCUGUGUACAUUUUAUUUAAUUUCGCUUUUGCUAUGACGACUUUUUUUUCUUCUUUGCAAAGAAAAUAAAUGUUUUCCAAAAGGAGGCGUGCUCUCAGCCGUUCCGGACGCGAGGAAGGCAUUCAUUUGUGAACAGAUAUGUACUAAACUUGACUAUGCAGAACCACUUUGAAGGUCUUGGCCGCUGAACUCUGGCGAGCGCGGCGCGGUGGACUCGGCCACUACUGGAGUACAGGGGGCAGACAGAGAAUACCCAGCAUGCUUUGCUGAUUCCUUUCAACAUGGUGAAAAUGCCUUUCUGACCGAUCAAUGUACAAAGUUUAUUUUUGCUUUACUACUCUGUUGGUUUGGUUUAAUCAGGACUCAAACCUUUAGUGUCUUCUUGCGGGCGCUUUGUUGUGUGGCGGCCGGCACCACAGUGACACAGAACAAUACACAAACGGCCGAGUCCGAAACGGCAACUGUUCGAACAAAGAGACCGCUGUGGAGGAGCGUUGGUCGAUUCCUUGUCGCAACACGUUUUUAUGGAUUUCUUCACCUCCCCUCGGCCGCUGUCACUAACUGGGUUAAAUGUUUCAUUGUUGCCACCGGUCGUGUUCUGGUCUUAGGCCUCUUCUGCUUUUAAAGCAGUGCAUCGGUGUCAGACGAUCCUCCUGCUCUUGUACCUUAAAGCACUCGAAAGAUCAGUGCUCUGCAGCGGCCUCGUGUCCCAGCGAUCAUAAACGUCUCAUCGCUUUUCGUCUUGCGUUGCUGCACAUUUCUUCUGUAACGAGGAUUAAAGCUUGACUUAUUUCUUGGCCCCCACAUUAGCGCCAGCGGCUUUAAGGGAUAUAAUUGUAUCUCCUGGCUAAUGAGGAGGCACCAGUCAGAUGCCUUCACGUGAUGCGUUUACUGACAGCAUCACAACAAGGAAGGUUGUGCUUCUGUUUUGUUUCUGUGUUAACUGUUUCAGCCAGUUCCUGGGGUUUUUCUGAUUUCUCCCCUUUGUUACUUCCUUCUGUAGGAGACUUACUGUUUGUUGGUAGAGAGCUAGUUCACCUACUGUUUCAAAGUUUGUUUUUUGGAUUUAUUUUUUUCUUUCUAACUUAAGGGAAAAUUGAAAGUGUUUGUUGCCUCUCUGUGCUACUGAUUAUGAAAAGGUAUUUCCAGUAUUUGUUGCCACAGAAGUAUGAUAGCUUAUCAUCCACACGUUUUUUUUUAAUUUGUAAUUUUUUUGUGCGACUUCUUGCGCUACUGUCUAUAAAGCGAGAAUUUAUUACUAUUUAUGUAAUGCUACUACCAUUUUAUAUUGAUUUGUGUUGGAUCUCAGUUCUUUUCUAUGAAUAAAGUGUGAAACACAGAUUUUUUGUUA